AUGCAGACUGCUUCUACAAACAUUUGUGAAAGAAUGGCAAAAAGUCCAUCGUUGAAAUUUCCUUGCUACUAAAUAUUCCACGGUCAACUGUUGGUGAUAUUAUAACAAAGUGGAAGCAACUGGGAACAACUGCAACUCAGCCAUAAAGAGGUAAGCCACAUAAAAUGAGUGGGGUAAGCGCAUGCUGAAGCACACAGUACGCAGAAGUCACCAACUGUCUGCAGAGUCAAUAGCAAAAGAGCUCCAAACUUCGUGUGGCCUUCAGAUUAGCACAACAACAGAGCUUUAUGGAAUGGGUUUCCAUGGUCGAGCAGCUGCAUCCAAG